UGGUUUUAUUUUGUGUUUGGUUCAGGUCCGUUGGCCUUAUUGGGUGUCAAGUAGGUUUAUAACGUUAGCUAAACCUACACUUGCGACAAUAAAUACUCUAAAUGAGGAUUUUGUUUUUCUUGUAACAUGAAGAUGGGUGUACGUGAAACCAACGUUUCGAGUUAACGUGCUUUACGUGGACUGGCUAAGUGAUGUUUUCGGCAUGACAGUGUUACCGCACCCGACGCUUUGAGACGUAUGUGAACCGCCAGGUUUAGAGUUCAGUUGCAGAGAAUUUAAGAAACCCCUUUUAACACUGGUUUCUUCUCUGCAACAGAACUAAGGCAGAUCUGCAACAAAUACUGAAAGCUACAUUAAAACUCAUCAUCUUUUUACCUUGCUACCAAGAUUUCUCAUACAGACUUUCAAAUGAAAAUGGAGGAUAUGCCCCUGUCAGGCCCAGACAACACCAAGCUGGAGGCCUUGGUCCAUGACAUAUACUCUGAGCUGGUAGAAGAUGCCUGUUUGGGCCUGUGCUUUGAGGUACAUCGUGCUGUGAAACAGGGCUAUUUCUUCUUGGAUGAAACGGACCAAGAAAGCAUGAAGGAGUUUGAAAUUGUGGAUCAGCCAGGAGUGGACAUAUUUGGGCAAGUGUACAAUCAGUGGAAGAACAAAGAGUGUGAGUGUCCCAACUGCAAAAGAUUGAUAGCAGCUUCUCGCUUCGCCCCGCACUUGGAGAAAUGUCUCGGCAUGGGACGCAACAGCAGUCGUAUCGCCAGCCGCAGACUAGCCAGCAAUAAUAACACGAGCAAAUCAGAGAGUGAUCAGGAAGACAACGAUGACCUUAAUGAUAAUGACUGGUCAUAUGGAGCAGAAAAGAAAGCCAAAAAGAGAAAGUCCGAUAAGAGUCAGAAUUCCCCACGAAGAUCCAAAUCUCUUAAACACAAAAAUGGUGAGCUUGGGAGCAGCAUCAGUGCAGAGGCCUACAAGUACAGCUAUAACACUGGGAUCAGCUAUGAAACACUGGGCCCUGAUGAAGUCCGGUCCCUUUUAACAACGCAAUGUGGGGUGAUCUCUGAGCACACCAAGAAGAUGUGUACCAGGUCUCAGCGAUGUCCCCAGCACACGGACGAACAGAGGAGGGCUGUCAGGGUGUUCCUCCUGGGGCCAUCCGCGCCGUUGCUGCCCAGUGCAGACACAGCAGUGGACAACGACAGCUUUGACAUUCCAGACGGACAGACCCUGCUGAGCCGCCUGCAGUGGGAAGACUCCCCUGAUAUCUCACCCACUGACUCUGCCUCAUCUAAAGCCAGCACCAACCAUUCCGAUUCUAGGAGGCCCAAGAAAAAGAAGAGGACAUCUCUUUGUUUGAACAGUGGGGGAGGUGGAGGUGGAGGUGGAAGUCUGAGCGGAAGCAGCAGUUCUCAGAGUAAUAUCAGUUUGGUGACCAAAAAAAAGAGGCCCAAAGUGUCUGCACCCUCUAUUUCCAGUAUCUACGAUGACUUAAACUAACAUAAACCUUGUUGUUCAUCAGAGUACCCCCUUUCAUAUAAGUAUUUAAAGGCCUGAACAGGAUGGGAUUAAACUUAACUUGACUCAGUCGCCCAUGAUGAGUAAGGCACCUGUAUUUUAAUGAAGAUUUCUCCUUCUCUAUCGUAAACACACUCAAUAAUGUUUAACAAAAGUUUGGUCACAGAGUCAAAUCAGAGGAUCUGUGGGUACUUAACAGGGAAAUUCAGUUUAAAAACAAAGCUUCCAGUAACUUUGGAUAGUUCAGUCAACACUAACAGCAGCUUUCACCCUAAGAUGAAAAUCAGGGUGACGCUUUUUGUCGUUGGUCCUUUGAAACUGCAUUGGUAACUAAUUGUGGGUUGUCUGAAAUUUAGUUUGAGCCAUUUCAUUAUAACAAGUUUUACAUGAAAGGAAGGCAUCUAUUUUAGUAUACACAGUUAUACUAGUAGACCAUCUCUCCCUUGGAGAAGAGGUUAUAAAUGUGUGACCAUAUUCUUAAAAAAAUAGUAAUAAUAACUUGAAAGGUCACCGAAUGCCGCCUCUUAUUGCUAGUUCAGGCAAUCCUGGCAAAAAGCUCCAUCUAGUAGCACUGUUUUUGUCGACAAGUCCCUCAGCCCCGUCUAAUUAAUUUGCAUAUUUAGAUAUAGGUGUAAAUGCAAAGACCCGUCUGUCAUAAUCGUAACAUUUCCAUAGAUAGGACACAAGUUAAAACGCCAUCAUCACAUUCUCUGUUUCUGCCAUUCAGCUAAAGUAGAGCCUUGUUUCAAAUUCACAAAUCAAAACUGUACAAUAUGAUUAAUAUCGGUGUUAUGCGGGAAACAGCCCUUAAAAAUACACCAUUAAUGGCCUUUUGGCAUGACAUACCAGGAAACCCACAGGUGUAAUUAAUGUCAUUGUUAAGGGCUGCACUGCAUUUAGCUUUCCUAGUUUCAGAGCUCUGCCAUUCUGCAAGCUUGCCCACUGACAGGUUUAUUGAUACACUUAAAUGUAAUACAGCCAUUAUUAAAGGUAUUGAUUACACCUGUGCGUCCCCUACUGUGAUGAGCUCAAAUGUUUGCUCUGGAAAAUGCCCAUUUCAUAAUUUCUGGAAAUACAUACCGAACCGGGUGUGUACAAAACUUCAGGAUGUCCCUAAACAUCUAAAUUCCUGGUAUUUUCUUCCUAAACUCCCUGUUCAAAGUUGAAGAACCUUUACUCUCCCAGUCAGAAAAGGCUUGUUGUCUGCUCCAAAUAGGAUGUAAAGAUUAGGAGGGAAAAGUCGUGGCUUUGUAAAACUUUCCUGUAUCCAGUCCCUGUUUUUAGACUUUGUUCAUUUAAAUGCAGUUGUGAUGAGAUGAGGACUUUAAACUGCUUUCAGUUCAGCACUUGACACAUCUACUGGAGUACUCAUCAGUGGCUUUUUAAUUCUGGCAUUGUAUUGCACAUUUGUGUGAGUGUGUCUGUAUGCUGACUUAAAGUCAGUGUGAACGUCACUUUUUUAUGUGUAGUGUGUGUGUGUGUGUGUGUGAGAUCAGAGGAUGUGUUUAGUCAUUUAUAUUUUCACAGAACUAUGCAUCCGAGAAUGUGACAUUUUUGUGACGGUAUGUGCACCGUUUUAAAUAUUUACCUCUUUUUGUUUACAUCAAUAGUAUAUUAAAAUUUUUAUUAGUUACUGCUUAUGACGUGAUACUGUGUGUACAGUCAUGGCCAAAAAUAUUUCUCUCAGAUAAUGCAGCACUUCUUCUAGGAAAAUUGUUGCAAUCACAAAAUCUUUGGUAUUCUCAUGUUUAUUUCUUUUGCUUGCAUUGGAACAACAUAAAAAAAGGAAAACAAAUCUGAUGCAUUCCACAGAGAACUCUUAAAAAUGGACAAAAUAACUGAAAUCAGUCUCUUACUAUAAGCAUCAGCACGUUUCUUACACCUCUUCUUUCCCCCAUUCAAACAAUCCUUGGUUACAAUCCAUCAUCUAUUUUUCUCUUUCGUCCACGUCCAGGGAGAUUAGCUCCAGCACCAUGGGCAGUAAUCUUCUUGACCAUGUUGCACACAGUGGACACAGGACCAGCCAGAUCUCUGGAGACGGACUUGUAGCCUUGAGAUUGGCCAGGAUUUUCCACUAUUGUGGUUUUCACAUCCUCAGACAAUCCUUUGCUCUUCUUUCUUUUCUUCAUUCUCAAGGUGGUCCACACAACACAAAGGUUGAGUCAAUGUUUCUCCUUU